CUGUUGAAACAACCGAUGAUAACUAUACAAUGGCGUCCACGGUUUACUUGAAGCGCGUCUAUAGAUAUUCCGUCAUCCUUUUCUUUCAUUAUAUCGGCACUAUUUACGGAGACACUGCUUUCAUCGAACGAAUCUUUUUACGAGUAGAGUAGAACGAUAAGAGGUAUUUCCCGUUACCUUCGCACGAAUUCAAGAUCCAGAUAAGCAUAUUGUUUAGAAGUUGGAAUGAACUAAGAAGACAAUGUUUACGACUAAUACUGUCCAAGCCGGGACCGUGCCUACUUUACAAUAUCAGGAACACACUCAAAAAUCGCAAGGGAAAAAUAUGGAUAAUGUUCAGCAAAAAACUGCCCAACAGACACAACAAACUCAGCAGGAGUUUCCUACAUUUUGUUACACAACAAAUGUAAAUAUGAUUGGGAAAAUAAAUGCUGGGACGGCAACAGGAGCAGGUGGAGUUACAGGGGGAGUUAAUAUUGCCCAGUUAACUACCAAUGAUGAGAAAACAUGCUACAUAGCACAGCCCUUCUCAUAUAACUAUGCAUUGGUUAAUCAAAUGCAAAUAGCUCCUAAUGGAAUACAGAAUACAAUCUCUAAUAUUAGUUUUAAAUGUGAUGUGUGUGGAUUGAUGUUUGGACAUUUAACACUCUUAAAUGCCCAUAAAAGAAUACACGCCCAAGAUACAGAUAACAACAUCACUGUAGUAGCAACUGGAGUUAGUACAUCAAAUGAGGUGGCUAUGCCCCCACACAUACAAAUACUUUCAUCGGAUCCCAGUGACCAACAACAACAUCAUGUGCAAAUCCAGGAUACUAAACCAAUAUUGUUAGACAAGGUUCAGAAAUGCAUAACAUGUGGGAAUGUUAUUCCAAAUAACCCAAAAAGAAAAGGACCUAAACUUAUAAGAUGUGAAAACUGCAUUGCUCAGGGUUCAGUUGAACAUAGAAAUAAUCAAAUGAAUACAACACAAAUAUUUGUGGCCACAGAAGACAAUACUAAAUUCGAAGUUAGUGGAGUAAGCGGGGUACAAACAACUGUUGAUCCACUGUCAACAGCCCAGAACAAUCAGCAACAAAAACCAUUGCCCGGUCAUCAUCCUGUGAAAAAAAGAAACUUGGCCUCAGUGACUAAAUGCCAGAAUUGCAAUGGGUCUGGUAUUAUAUUUGUGGGUGGAAAUAAAAACAAAAAUAACCAACAAAACUCAGACAAGUCAUAUCAUUGUAAUAUUUGUGGAGGUUCAUUUUCCAGAUAUUCCUCAUUAUGGUCACAUAAAAAGUUACAUUCGGGCGAGAAAAACUUUAAAUGUGGUAUAUGUGGAAUUGCAUUUGCAAAGGCUGUUUAUCUUAAAAAUCAUUCUAGGAUACACACUGGAGAAAAGCCAUAUAGAUGUAACACUUGUGGUAUGCAGUUUUCCCAGUCACCUCAUUUGAAAAAUCAUGAAAGGACACAUUCCGGGGAGAAGCCUUAUGUUUGUGAGGUCUGUGACAAAGGCUUCGCGAGACAUGCUACUUUAUGGAACCACCGACGUAUUCACACCGGCGAGAAACCUUACAAGUGUGAAACUUGUGGUUCAGCCUUCAGUCAAGCAGCUCACCUCAAGAACCAUGCUAAAGUGCAUUCAGGGGAGAAGCCAUUCAAAUGUGAUAUUUGCACCGCUGCUUUCGCGGACAGAUUUGCGCUCAAACGGCACAGAGGGAUUCAUGACAAAUAUGGUCAAACUGCACCAUUGCCAGCAAAAAUACAACAGAAUCAACACGAGCAACAACAGCAACAGAACACGCAACAGCAGACCACUGGUACAAGUCAACAGCAACAAACUAAUACACAGCCAGCGGUAGAAGUGGAACAUUGUCCAGAACAGGCACUAUGAGUCACAGAGUAUUCCUUAGUUGCCUCUCCUCUCCUCACUUAAUAUUUCCUUGAAAUAUUUUUAAGCACAUACUCAUCAGACAAAUAAUUUAUUGUAAAUAUUAAAUGACUUUAUUGUAGGAUACUCAAUAUUGAUGUUAAUAUAAAAUGUGCUUAGAACAACACUGCCAAUUUGCAUAGGAAUGGACAUAGAAAAUGUUUAGUUAAUAGUUAAUUUUCAUGGUAGGAUUUGGAUUGGUAUAGUAUUUCAAUGUUAUAAAGGCGGGUCGUCCAAGAUUGGGUGUAUAGAAGAGUGAAAAGUUGUUGAAGAGCAAUAAUUUCAAAUCAUUGAUCAAGUACUUACAGAUUUUGUAUUGGUCUAUCCGCCUAUACCUUGUAAUGCUAUUAAGUAGAAAUACAGUACUGUUACAUGAAUUGGCUGUGGAAUUAGCAAAUACUUUUAUAACAGCACAGUUUACUUGUACUAAAAUAAUUUAAAUAUACAAUGAACCUUGUAAAUAUAUUUCCAACUAGAUGUAAAAAUGUGAUUUAGUAUUAGCUUAUAACAUGUUUUAAUGGAUGAGUUGCUAUUUACACUAAUAUUUUAUGCAAUAGCUUAGAACUGAAUCAUGUAGGCAUUAUACUUUAGUUUAUAUAUGUUUAAAACAGCUCAUCCAGAGAAACUAUCCUGCAUCAAAAUGAUGCAUUUUGUAAGUUAGCAUUUUUAAAUAAAAUAAAGAAG